AUGACACUUAGGUCAUUUGAUCAGACAACUGAGUGGAUCCUAAAAGGACUCUUCAGGUGUGAUGAUGCCUAUUUUAUCGUUAAAUUGUUAGUAUUUGCUUUCUGACAACCUGUUUCCAUGGCUUCUAUUGGAACAAUUACCAUUCCUGUCAAAAUGAGAACUGCUACUGCCAGAGUUUCCAUCAGUUCCACCAGCUGCAGCGUGACCUGUGGCAUGGGUUACAAAGUUGAAGAAUCAUGUCAGAUUGGGCCUAAUGGUGAAAGAAGAUACUGUGAUAUUCAAAAAGUGGAGUGCUUGACCAACUGGCUCUGUGGGAUGCUCCAUUUCACUAUUCUUGUAGGUAAGCCUUUUGAAUUCCAGUGCUUGUCUCCUACAGAAAUUGGCCCAGAAAUCAACAGCUUCAGUUAUUCAUGGAGGAUAGCCAGAGGCAUCAUUACCACUGAUGAUGCUCUCUUUAAACCAUUCAAGACUACUGGCUUUGUCAUUAAGCUUUCCCCAGCCAAGGAAUACGAUGCAGGGACAUACCGGUGUGAUGUACAGUUCAUGAGAACCUAUAAGAUUGUCAAAAGAAUCUACUUUGGAAUUCGUGUGAUCCCUGGUCACUUGGUGGAUCUAAACUUUGACAAAUCCUUGACUCUGGAACAGCACUUGGCAAGUGAGAAGGAAAAAACCCAGCAGAAUGCCACCAGUGUUCCUGUCCCGAAGCAGCAGCACUUUUGGCGCCAAAGAACUCUUUUUGUAUUUUUAAUAGGCAUUGGAAGCGGUGUGGUAGGAGGAAUCUUGUUGCACAUUUUCUACUAUUUAGUGAAGGUUCCCAAUAAUUAUGGCUAUGUGGAGGAAUAA